AUGCCGACUCAGAUGCUGGCGAAAGGUCUGGGGAUAAACCACGUCCACGAACGUGCGUCGGCUCGGCUUCCAACAGACGCUUCUAACCUAUCCGAUGCAGAAGAUGUCGCGGAGGGUAGUACAGUAGAAGAGGUCAUCAAAUCGGGGCGAAGACGAACCCUCGAGGUAACUGCUUCUCUCAUAGCUCGAGAUCGUAAUGCAGGCUGUCCAGUGCCUGUAGGAGAUACCGUCGCCGUGUUUGGUCGAGAUCGACUACGGCCUGAUAAAUAA